UACAUGGGAAAGCACUUGACACCAGCUACAUCUUUUUCAAAAGACCAAUUGUCAGCAACCAGGUUAUCAAGUUAAGAAUAGGGUUUUGGAUUUUGAUCUGCCUCAGAAGCAGAGACCUCCGUACACUCAUUGUUCAGAUUUAGAAGUUCGACUUCUAAUAAACUUAAACAGCCGAAGCUGUUCAAUAUUUUUGUCCAGAUGUUGUCUUACAGAAAUGCAAAUGCGGUCAAAAUGAAACGCCUGUAUAUGGAAACAGUGCCUACAACUGACAGCUGUGGUGACACCUGUACUGACAUAUUCGAAAAUAAACCCGGAUGCAAGAAUAGACAGCUCAAACAAGUGACGAGCAAACAGAAGAAUGUUAGGUGGCCACCACACGUGGCACGCCAUUUCCAAGCACGUACAACCUGACAUUAGGCUGUAACAGUUCGUAAAUUUUUAGUUUCUUUCCUAGAUAAUCCACGUCAACAACAAUAUCAAUUUUAUAAACCUACAGGUUGCACCACGGCUAUUCCAAGCACAGUUUGCCAAUAUCAAACAGUAUGUCCACUAACUGGAAGACGUAUUAUGCACAGAGUAGAAAAAUUCCUGAGCGGAGAGAUUGAUCACGAAAAUGCUAGAUAGUUUGCACAGUUGCACGACUGUACUUUAUCAGCAACGACAGCUAUGCUGACUUCGUGUCAUUUGACACCAACUGUUGAUACAGAAGUCUCAAAUACGUAUACUAAUUAUAUAUACAUAUGAAAUACUUUUAUGACCGAGAUUGACAAAAGCUACACUUUUCACAAACAACGUUUUCUAACUCCAGUAGCUUAAACGAGAGUUUCGAGUAAUUUCGUUCACACGUAUAUCGUUCUCCUACUGGACUGGAGAGCAGGUCCAAGGAAAACUCUUAUCAUGAAGAUUCUUCUGAUAACGUCCCUGCUGUUAGCCGCCGUAACUACAGCUUCUCUUCUGAAUGACAGCGAUGCGAUUGUUGACAAUGUCACUACUACUAACUAUAGAUUACCGAAUAAUUCAGUGCCAAUUUCAUAUUCUAUCAGUUUGAUACCGUAUCUCGUCGAGGACAAUUUUACAUACGAUGGAGAAUCAGCGAUUAAACUUGAGAUUCUAAAAUCAAGUUCUUCGAUAACUCUUCAUAUACUAAAUCUUACUAUAGACGAGAGUGCAACAUCCUUGGUGUCCAGUGGUAAUAAAAACCACAAAAUAGCCAGUCAUACUUACGAUACCAAAAAACAAUUUUUGAUUUUGAAUUUCGCCACCCAUUUGCCAACUGGAUAUUAUACACUGCAUUUGAAGUAUGUGGGUAUCCUAGACAAUGAAACUUUGAAUGGUUUCUAUAGAAGUUCUUAUAUCAACGACAAUGGUGAAACUGUCUGGUUGGCUACCACAGUAUUUGCGACAACCGCAGCACGCCGAGCUUUCCCCUGCUGGGAUGAACCUGCACUCAAAGCUACCUUCACUAUUUCUAUUAAACACGAUGUUAACUACACGGCGUUAUCAAAUAUGCCAGUUGCCAAUCAAUCGGCAAUCGACAAGACUGAUAACAAAUUAUGGACGACUUUCGAAACAACACCCAUCAUGUCUACAUACUUGGUGGCUUUUGUCGUUUCGGAUUUUGGAUACGUCAGUAACGAUGACAAAAACUUUAGACUUUGGACACGUAAAAAUAUUCUUAAUACUACAGCUUAUGCAUUGACUGUAGGGCAGUCAGAAUUUGCAUAUUUAAAAGAAUACACAUCGAUUCCAUUUGCUUUACCAAAAAUGGAUGAAAUUUCUAUCCCAGACAUUAUAUUCGAUGGUAUGGAAAACUGGGGCUUGGUUACCUACAGCGAAACAGAAUUGCAAUACGUAGACGGCGUAAGCACAACAUCUGCAAAACAAGAGGCUGCUACAAUUACUUCUCAUGAAUUUGCUCAUCAGUGGUUUGGGAAUUUAGUCACUCCAAAGUGGUGGAAAUAUAUUUGGCUAAAUGAAGGCUUCGCCACUUAUUUUGAAUUCUACAUCACGGGCAAGGCGGAAAAGAGUUGGCGCAUAAUGGAACAAUUCAUACUUCGUAUUGUACAAGGAAAAGCCUUUAUAGCAGAUUCUGCCGAAACCACCCAUCCCAUGAAUCAGGACGCGUCAACUCCAGAAGAAAUUAUUUCACUGUUAGAUUCAAUUUGCUAUGACAAAGGGGCUGCUGUGAUUCACAUGAUGUCCAUUUUCCUGACUCCCCCCGUCUUUCGCGCUGGUCUCACCAGAUACUUAAAGAAUAAUGCCUAUGGGGUGGUCACAUCCGAUGACCUGUGGAGCGCUUUACAAGAGGUAUCUGACGAAUAUGAAAUUCUGCCGCCUGAGAUUUGCCUUAAAAAGGUGAUGGACACUUGGGUCGAGCAGCCUGGAUUUCCACUGAUCACUGUCACCAGGGAUUAUAAAACUGGAAAAGCUAAUAUCAGUCAGGAACGAUAUUUUCAAUCUGGUGCUAGUGGUGACGGUACCAGAUGGUGGGUUCCUAUCAGUUACACAACUCAGUCUGAUCUAAAUUUUUCAUCAACAUCGCCUCGCGAGUGGAUCCCUCAAGCGAAAAAUAAUAUAGUUCUAAGCGGAUUUAAGCCCACUGAUUGGACCAUUUUCAACAUACAAGAAUCAGGUUACUAUCGUGUCAACUAUGAUGAAAAAAAUUGGAAAUUAAUAUCUAAUUAUUUGGACAGUGACGAUUAUAUAAAAAUUCAUCCCGUCAAUCGCGCACAAAUCAUCGAUGAUUCUUAUAACUUGGCGGUUGCCAAUCGUAUCAGCUUUUCUAUAUUUUUGGAUAUUUCGGUUUAUAUCCGCCGUGACGUUGAUUACAUUCCCUGGUAUCCGAUGUUGACCAUUGAUAAUUAUUUGUAUCAAAAAUUAGCAAACACCAGAAGCUUCUCGUUAUUCAAGAGAUUUUUUGUGGAAAGUUUUGAAAAAUCUAUUGUUACUCUCGGAUACGUCCAGCACAAUGACGAUGAACAUCUUAUAAAGUUUCACAGAGCAGAUAUGUUAAUCUAUGCAUGCUAUCACAGCAGUAAAAAAUGCAGAUCCAAAGCAACUGCAAGGCUGGUUGCAUAUUUGAAAGACCCAAUUGCAAACCCUAUAUCGCCGGAUUUGAAAAAUUGGGUAUUUUGCGGUGGACUUAACAAUGCAAAUGCAACUGUGUGGAACAUGGUUUUAGAUCUUUACGCCAAGAGCCCUUCUCGCUCCUUAAUUUAUUAUCUUGGUUGUUCCGAACACAAAGAAAUCUUGACAAAGUACAUGUCACUGGCAACAACAGAAAAUUCAACGAUACUCAAGGAGCAUGCAUCUGAUGCGUUCGCGUCCAUUUAUGAUGGCAGCGGUGAUAAUAUAAACUUCGCCUUGGACUACCUCAUCGACAAUUUCGACAAAUUAUAUGCAUUCUGGGACCAAUCAGCAGAUAAAAUGACUGGGCAUGUUUCUUCGUUUGGUUACAUCCUAACAACAAGAGAACAACUCACGAAGUUCAAAGCUUUAAUCCAAAAGCAUAAUGAUGUAUUGGGAUCUACUGGAAGCACUGCAAUCGCCAAUGCAGAAUCUAACGUCAAAUGGACUGAUACUUAUGAACCUGUUUUCUACAAAUGGUUUAAUAAGUUUUAUAAGGCCUAAGCCGAAGAAGCUACUUCCACUACCAACGUUAAGCCCGUUGCGACGUCACCUCCCUCUCCUUGGUCCUUUCCGUACCCAACACUGACCAGUACCAAUACUGAAGCUAGAAAAAAGCCAGUAGCCAACAUAAUAGUAACCGGUGUAAACCGAACAUGCGUUAUCUAGGGUGAGUCAUAGAUAUACAAUAAUUCAAGGAAAUCUUUGCAUGUUGCGCCAUACUCGACUUCUUGAGAGCCCGAAUCUUGAGAGACUCAAAAUCUUGAGAGCCCGAAUACCCAAGUAGGAACAGCGCUGAUCAGCUGAUUUUAGUUGAGAUGCUGCAACCAAGAUAAGAGCUGCUGCUCCCCGAGAGAAAAAUAUUCUGCUGCAACAAAAUCUGUUGGGGUCACCACGGUAUUCGCGAGUUCGCUUAAAGACUUCAAACUAAGAACAGUUCAAGGGAAGUCCAGGCUGGUUUGCCGCUGUAGAGUACACUGUACGCGUCUGGUCUUGUAUUGUAAAAUCCUUCAUUUUACUGGAGUGGAAUAAAUAGACGAUACAUACAUUACGAUA